CAACGGGUUUGGGAGGCCUAUACUCACCACAAAAGUUAGCUCAAGAGUUGAGGUUUGCACAACCCUUAUAAAGGCUAUCUAUGCUCUAUCUCUAGCCAAUGUGAGACUUCUAACACAUCUCUUUUAAUUAUAUCAGUUACAAAUUUAUAUUAUCUCAAGAUGUAAGAAUUAUUUAUUAAUAUUUGUUGGCUUCAGUUCAAUCAAAUUAUGAUUUUUUGUUUUAAUAUAUAUGAAUUAAUUCAUGAUUCAGACCAAGGUGCGCAUAUAUAGAAAACAAAAGUAAUGCAAUUGUAAUUGUCAAGACAUGGUACCGUUCGAACAGUAAUGAUAUAUACACACCUCAUUUUUUAAACACUCUAUUUUCACCUCUUUUUAUUUCUAUCUCUCUCCUCUUAACAUCUAUCACAUCUCAUACUUUCUUUCUCUUACUUUUUCUUUUCUUCCUAUCUCUCUUUUCCUUCCACCUCUUUCCACCUCUCAAAGAGGUGUGUACAUAACAUAAUUCACCGUUCGAACAUGGACACUGCACAAGACCCAAAUCCAUAUAUAUAAAUACCAUCACUAACAGUUCCAAGUCCCACGACAUCAACUUCUUCAUCAUCCAGCUUCAUACUCUAAAUAUAAAAAUCUCCCAAAUCUCAUCUUCAAUAACUAAAAUGAGAAACGCCAAACCAAAAUUGAGUCCCUUUGUUUCUAUUCUCAUUCUCAUGAUCUUAUGCUGUUGGGAAAAUUCUACCAAAGUCAACGCAGCUACGACGUACAAUGUGGUCAGCUUCGGAGCCAAAUCAGAUGGCCAAACCGAUUCCACAAAGGCAUUCCUCAGUGCAUGGUCUAAAGCAUGUUCCUCACCCAAUCCUGCAACUAUUAACGUGCCACCAGGGCGGUUCGUCGUCGGAAGUGUAAACUUCCGAGGGAAAUGUAACAACACGGCUAUCUCCAUAACUAUUAAUGGCACCUUAGUGGCUCCCUCUGAUUAUCGCGUCACCGGAAUCACCGGCCACUGGUUGUUGUUCAACAAUGUUGAGGGGGUUUCCAUCCAAGGCGGGGUGCUUGAUGGCCAAGGCAAGUCCUUGUGGGAUUGCAAAAACUUAGGCAAUAGAGAUUGUGGGCCAUUUGGAGCCAAGACGCUGGAGUUCAAAAACUCCAAGAACAUUGUGGUUGCUGGGUUAACCUCCAUCAAUAGUCAAGUAAUCCACAUAUUUUUCACCGGAUGCCAAAACGUAAAAGCGCAAAGCUUAAAUGUGAUGGCAGCAGGAAACAGUCAAAACACCGACGGCAUCCAUGUCGACAAGUCGUCCAACGUGACCAUUGUCGACUCCAAAAUUCACACCGGCGAUGACUGCAUCUCUAACGGACCUGGCACCAUUAAUUUGUGGAUCCAAAACAUUACAUGUGGACCAGGCCAUGGAAUAAGCAUUGGAAGCUUAGGAUGGGAGCAAAACGAACUAGGCGUGCAAAAUGUGACAGUUAAGGCAGUUAAAUUUACAGGGACUCAAAAUGGUGUUAGAAUAAAGUCUUGGGGAAGACCUAGCAAUGGAUUUGUGAAAAAUGUCCUUUUCCAAGAUGCAACCAUGGUCAAUGUCCAAAACCCCAUUAUUAUUGACCAAAAUUAUUGUCCAAGUAAGAAGAACUGCCCUGGCCAGGCCUCUGGAAUCAAAAUCAGUGAUGUCACAUACCAACACAUUCGUGGAACAUCUGCAACCCAGGUUGGAAUAAUGUUUGACUGCAGUUCUAUGUAUCCAUGCAGUGGGAUAAAGUUGGAGGAUGUAAAGCUCACUUACAAGAACCAAGAUGCCCAAGCUUCGUGUAACCAUGCCCAUGUAUCCGCUCUUGGUUCAGUUCAACUAAAGAAGUGCUUGUAAAGAAAACUAGUGUGUGUAUGUGAACUCAUGCAUCGAUAAAUAAUUCAUAAGAAUAGAAUGUUAAAUUUGUAAAUGAACAUAUAAAAAAAGGUGCUUGCUAGGAUACUUCAACACUUAGUUGGGGUAUGAUACAAGAUGUGACGUGAACCAAUAAUAUUUAAGUGGAUGUUUCUUCUUUUUACCAUAUAUGUUUUAAAAUGAAU